AGAAAAAGAAAAAACAAGUUUCACAUUAAAAUAUGGGCAAUAAAAGUUUUUAUUUUUUAUUUUUUUAUUUUUAAUGGCUACAUUUCAUGCACGGUGUUCAGUGACGCCUCUCUGGCAAAUUAGUUCAUUGCUUUUGCACCUGUUGUGUGAUUGAGAUCGGAACCUUAACACACUUUCACUUAUUCACUUCUGAUCUAUUCAGAUCAUACUGCAUGUUCUGCAAAAACCAUUUGAUUCUCUUCAUUCCAAAGAGAAACAAUGCAAAAAAAAAAAAAAAAGAACUAUAGAAAUGUUUCCAAACAACAACAAUAACAACAACAACAAUAAUAAUAACAACAACAGCAUCCAUUAUUUCAUUGACCUGGAUAAGACUUUUCUGGUGGAUGGAUGCAACUGAAGUUUAUGUUUAUCCCUGGUCUAAGGAAAAUAAUAAACAAAUAAAUAAGUAAAUAAAUAAAUGAAGCACUGAUUAAGAAAACACACAUGCAACAUCACUGCAUUGAUUUCACCACUCCAGUAAAUACAGCUCACAAAUCAAACUGCUCAUGAUUCAGCCUCUUAUAAAUUCCUGCAAUCUAGAGUAAAUACAAAAAAAAAUCACUAAACACAUUCCUAUUUAAUCUUCUGUAGCAGUGUUUUCAGCGAAUAACACUAGAAUCGGUGUAAUCUGUUUAAAGAUUCUGUAUGUUGUCUGUCAUCUCCAGAAGGCUCAGUUUAAUGUGCCAAACAGUCAGAAAAUCAUCACAUACGGGUGACAACGUGUCCUGAGCCUCACUGGUGAUUACAGUUGAUGCUGAUUCCCUUGGUAGCUCUCUGGUAAGUGCAGCUGUCUGUAAUGGUUAUAGUGACUGUGUGCUGCGUAAGUGCUUAAAGGGAGCGCCUUCGCUCACAGAUCACUGUGGAGCAGCCCGUCUUGAGGCAUUGCUUCACAUGCACUCCGAACCACAGAGGAUGAUCUGCUACUCUAAUCAUCGAGCUCCUCUAAUGAACUUUCAGCUAGUGUAUUUUCAUUUCACGCACCGUGGACACGAACGAGUGACUACCUGCUGAAAUAUCACCCUGGGAUUUAACACUUGCUCCAUGGUCCUUUGGGAGAGGAGCAGAUACAGGAGGCGGUCGGGCUGAGCUGCCUGGUGCCUGCUUCUUUUCUAUCCAAUGGAAGGUACAGAUCCAGAGCGGGGGACAGAGGAGCACACGGAGGGAAAUUGGAGCGGUAGUGAGGAGGACGGGACACUGCGGUACCCUGGGGAGUGCCAUCAGAAUGGGGAGAAGAUGCCCUUCCAUCAUGUGACGGCAGGGCUGCUGUAUAAAGGCAACUAUCUGAGCCGCUCUCUGUCUGAACGCAGCGAUAGCGACCAGCUGGCUAGCAUCUCUGCAGAGGAACUGGAUGAAAUCCGUGAGGCCUUUAGGGUGCUGGAUCGCGACGGCAAUGGCUUCAUCUCUAAGCAGGAGCUUGGUAUGGCAAUGCGCUCACUCGGGUACAUGCCCAGUGAAGUGGAGUUGGCCAUCAUCAUGCAGAGACUGGACAUGGAUGGGGAUGGACAGGUGGAUUUUGAUGAAUUCAUGACGAUACUGGGCCCCAAACUUCUGUCUUCUGAAACACGGGACGGCUUCCUUGGAAACACAAUAGACAGCAUAUUUUGGCAGUUUGACAUGCAGCGGAUAACAUUGGAGGAACUCAAGCACAUUCUGUUCCAUGCCUUCCGGGAUCACCUCACAAUGAAGGACAUUGAGAACAUUAUCAUUAACGAGGAGGAGAGCCUGAAUGAGAAUUCAGGGAACUGCCAUACAGAGUUUGAGGGAGUCCAUCCAACCAAGAAGAACCGACAGACGUGUGUGCGCAAGAGCCUGAUCUGCGCCUUUGCCAUGGCCUUCAUCAUCAGCGUUAUGCUUAUUGCGGCCAAUCAGAUGCUGCGCAAUGGAAUGGAAUAGCGACGCCACUGUGAGCAGGGGUGUGAGGGCGGAACCUGCAUGUGCAUGUCCGUCAGAGACGUCAUUCCCUUCUGCCUGAACACAAAAAAGCCUUCAACCUGCAACCUACAGACUAAGGAAACCAAACACCUCGUCAAAAGAAUGGUGGAGUGUUUUUCUGUCAGGAACGGCAGCCAGCCGGGGCCAUGCUUUACUGAGUCCUCGCUCCACCUCACUGGCAGGGACUUUAAAGGGCUGACUUGUUCUCUCCUUUUUCCCCCUUCUCUUUCCAUCUCUGUUUCCUCAGUGCAAUAACCUGUAAGUGUCUGCAAGAACCUCUCCAACAUCCAAUUUUUGUCUCCCAUUUUCAUCAGGGAUGUGCUGAAGAGCUGCUUCAAGGCACAGACAUGUCGGCAAAUGGAAGUUAUCAGUAGUGGCCAGUCGUCUGAAUACUUCUCACAGCUUUGAGAAUCCAUAAUAUCUGAGCUUCUGUUUAUUAUUGAUGAGGUUGUUUCUCCAUAUGUUCAGUAUGCGAAACGAGCUGCUGAAAGAUUAUUCUUGAUAUUAUUUUAUUAGCAGAGCUGGGGUUUUGGCUAAUGCCAUAUUGUUUGUGCUUAAUAUUCGAAAUCUGAUGUUAGGUUAUCUUAAGGCCGGUUUAUCUGUCGUGAUCCUUAUAGAAAGACCUCUGGUUAUGCUCUUAUGGCAUUUUCACACUUUGCCAAACAGUAGGACCUGUACCCAGUACCCCUGUUUGGAUGAAGGUGUCAAACAGACAGUUAUUUCCACAAGCUGCAGAAAAAUUGCACAAAUUUUUGGGAUGCAUCAGUAGGCAAUAAUCAUAUCUGCAUCAGAGCAGUUACUGAAAUGAACAGCUGGAUUGGUAUCCUGGAUUUGAAAUGUUUUCCAUUCCAGUCCACUGAUGCUAUUCUCCUGAUGCUAUGCUUCCAUUCCAAUCCACCUAUGCUAUGAACACAUUGACCGCUGAUUGGCUGCUGACUCCUGCCACUCACCAUGUAGUCAGACUUAUUUCAUUCCCAAAGUUUGGGUGCGAUGACAUUUGACAUGCCUGAACUGGCUCAAGACCUAUACAUACAAAUUUCUCACCAGUUCCGACCCCACACCCCUGACCCUGAUGAAUUACUAUUAUAAAGUCUCAAACUAACAGAAAAAUCUUACACACUCUAGCUUUGAUGUAUUUUUUAUCAAGUUAGUGUUGCUUUUCAUUUAUUCCAAACUCUAUUUGAAGCUACUUUCUUAUAUACCAAAAUAACAAAUCAUUUCUGAGUCACUUGGUUCAGUUGCUUUCUUGGUUCCAUGUACCAAGAAAGUAUUCAGUCUCCUCUAUAGACUAAAGCAUGUCUUUCCCCACUAUUCACAUUGGUAGAUGCCCAGCCCCAGGAGCAAAUCACUUUCACACAUGGUGCAGCCUGUUUUUGCGAACUACAGACCACCAUUUAUACGUUUUCUGCUCCAUACACUGUAUUAGAAAAAAAAAAGUCUUCACCAAACUCUUACCAAAAGUACACCAAAAUAGUGUAGAAAAUAGUCCUUAGUCUCUAGCUUUUGGUGUUAGUUGAGAGUGAUUCAAUGCCUUCAGGUCAAAGCCGUUCAAUUAGCUUUUCCUUUCAUCAAACCUUCAGUAACUACUACAGUGAUGUUUCAUUCCCGAAACCUAAUCUCAACUGAAACAACAGUAGGAUUAACUUCUUUUGUUUCAGACUUUUUCUUUUCUUUUUUUUUCUUUUUUUUAAAUAUUUGACUGCAUUUCUCUGAACAUUCUGUCUAAUUGCAGAAUGGUAGUGAAAUGUCAUCCAUAAUCACAAGCUUUUUCAACAGUGGAUCGGUCAUUUGCUUGGUUUGACAGCUGGGCCUGUUCUGUGCCUGAUGCAGCUCAUUUCAUUUGUGUCCUUGUUGUUAUUGCUGUUGUUUUGUUUCCUGAGAGUACCGGUCUCCUGUAUGUGCAAGCAGCUCGUUCUCCCCCUCCAUCUUUUUUUUUUUUUAAAGGACUUUGCUUCAUAAUGCAUGUGAUCUUGUAAAUCUGUGUACAUAGACGUCUCAUGUAGUCACCUGUGUUAAGUGAUAUGUAUAUGCAUGUCUAUGGACAGGUCAGUAUGUUCUGCACAGACAGUGUCAGUGGGCACAGAGGGGGCUGCUGAUCCCAAUACCAAUGCGCCAGCUCUCAGCUCCUCCAGUAGCCUCCGACUAAAGCCAUAUUAGUCUGCACAGAUGUACCGGGAAGCCCACGUUCAUUUUCUCCUCCUUUAACAGCGAGAACUGCUGAUGUUUGCGCGGAGAAACACCGUCACUCUUUUUUUUUUUUGCACGGAAAUGCUAAUCCUCGAGCAAGGAUUUGAUUUGGAGUUUCAACCAUUACAGUGGCUCCAUCUGGUGGUUCAUGUAUGAACUAAUACCUUAACAGUAUUAAGUAUUGUGUCCUCAUGUUGUCUGUCUCAAUUGGAUGAUAACAUUAGCUUGUAGCAUUUGAUUAUAUAAGAGCAGGGAGAGGAAACAGGACACUGUACCAUAUGUGUUUACAUAAGUAGAUUAUUUUUUAUUACUACCAUAAUACAGAGUAAGAGUGCAGAACUAUCGCUAGACUGUAUUCAGGAGAGAAUGUCCUUCUGAAUGUGCUACAUGUGCAUUAUAUUUUGGAGUGAAUGUUUUCAUUGUUUAUAACGGGGUUGUUACAUUUGAAGACAUUUAAAAGGACUAACACUGGAAAUAAAUUUGAAUUCGUCCUUUGGUGUGGAUAUUUUUCAAAAGUGAACAUGAAUAACUGGAUGGAGCCAAUGAUUCAGAAUUGUUAUUAUUAUUAGUUUGUAAUAAUAAAAAUAACAAAAAAUAAUUACGGGCAUUUUAAUUUUUUUAUUAUUAUUAUUAAUAGAAAUAUGUUGGAUUAGCAUAUUGGUUCCAUGGCUUACCGGCUGUAAAAGUUUAUGUGUAGAUUUAUUAUGGGUUUCUACUUCUCUCUACUCUAAUCGAUGCCUCCUCGCCUCAUGUAUCCUACACCCUUCAGGAAAGAAAUCGAUUAAAGCUGCCGUCGUUAAGGACCUACCAAUUCGUUACACGUGUUCAGAGGAAUUGUGGAGAUGGGAAGCUUCUUGAGUGAAAAGACACACAGACUUUAAAGUCUUGUAAAGGGCAUGACGCAAACCUAAGGUACAUGUUCUCCACCUCCACCUUUACAUCUGGAACAUUCUGCAAGCCUCCAUAUAAGUGCGUUCAUCUGGCACACUGAAAAUAUUAGACGAUAUAAAUUGAACGAAGACCACAAUAAAUCCAACUGAAUGUGCAUUCUUAGUAUAUUUGACUGACAAAUACCUACCCACUUGUUGUGGCACGAACAUGAGCAUUUAGUGUAUAAAAUAAUGUUUUUUACUGAGUUCAUUCAGUUUGUACUUAACUCACACUGUGUUGUGUAAAGAAUAUCAUCAAUCAAUGUCAUCACUUUAAGGAGCCGCUUCAUUAACAAGGACAUCUCAUUAGGAGCAUAUUUUUACCAUCGAUUCCUCUGUCUACACUUUCCAUCCCUGCAACCGUUCCUCACGUCCUCAGAAAGAGGAGCCAAGAUGUGUGGAAGGGAAGCAAGGAAAGGAAACGAGGAAGCACAAUUAGAAAUGAGAAGAGCCCUGUAUCUAUCUCACACACACACACACACACACACACACACACACACACACACACACACACACAGAGAGCGAGAGAGACAAGCCAAAUAAGCAUGCCGAAUAUAUAUCCACCUAGAAUAUAGAUACCAUAAGAGUUGUUAUAAGAUUCCCUCGAUAAUAUUGUAAAUAUGAACAUCUGUAUAUAAUAAAUGCAUAACA